AUGGAUGAAUGCAAACAGUUGUUGGAUAGUGGAGCCGAUGUCUUUUCUAAAUUUCUGUCGUUAGGUAGAUUGAUUCUGCUUCAGGGAAAGAUGGUUACUGACUUAAUUGAUUACUCGAACGGGAACCAAAGUCAACUUUCCAAGACAACUUUAAGACCCAUUAGAGAAGUAGAUGGUUUCUUAAUGGAAUUAUCCACGGCAUUCAAAAAAAGAAAUAAGCCCAAACUGGUCACGGAUAUGAUAAAAUCGCCGAGCAAGUUCAUUUCAACGGGCUUGCAUACUCUUGAUAGUGAUUUGGGUGGUGGAAUUCCAACUGGUGAGAUUACUGAGAUAUUUGGAUCUAGCGGAUGUGGCAAAUCGCAUAUGCUUGCUCAACUUGCCAUGGAAUGUCAAUUAAAUGAAGGAGACUGCAAAGAAUGUAUUCACAUUGGUACCGAAUCAUUUCUCGAAACGAAGAGACUCCAUCAAAUCCAACAAUCAUACGAGCUGAAGGGUUCAACCGUGAGCUUGGACAAUAUUUCAUAUAUAUAUUGUCAAGAUUUGGAGAGUCAGGAUCAUAUUAUUUACACACAAUUGCCAAUUCAUUUAGAACUGAAGGCUGGGAAAGUUCGCUUGCUAGUUAUAGAUAGCAUUGCACAGCAUUUGCGACGAGAAGGGUCUCUUUCAAAUUCGAUGUAUUUGGAAGAGCGAAUCAAGCAACAGGAGAAGGAUCUAAAAGAUUGUGAAGACUAUCAGUCAAUAAGACUGAAACAAGAAAAUAAUUUAAAGAGAUUUCAAAAAUCUACAAAAUACAGAAAUCGAAUGACAAAGCAACACUAUUUGUAUUUGCUUCACCGACACUUACAAAAAUUGGCUAAGAAGUACAAUAUUGCCGUAGUAGUGGUCAAUCAAGUUAGCGACCACGCGUCUACUUACCCAUUAGGUGGAAUUUUCGAAGAUGAAAUUAAUAAUCCAUUGAAUUUAAACUUUCAAUUGGGAAUUCAUUCAGGAUGGGAUGUUAAAACAUUAUAUUCACUUCAGAAACAGAGAAAAGUUUUCGUAAACGAAAGGGAAGCAGACAUAAUGGAAGCAGAGCUUGUGAAGUCUAUCAAUGAACUGCCAGUCAAGAAAAGAAUAGUAGAAAAUGAGCUGAACCUUGACAUGAAGCAUCAGCGCAGAGAAAAUAAUGAUAUCAAGUACAAUAAACAAAAGGAGCUCUUGUUUAAGUUGCACAAAUUAAGAAAUUUAGAAACAAAAAAGGUCAUUCCAACUUUGGGUUACCAAUGGAGUUGCAGAAUGUCUAUCAGAAUCAUGUUGAUGAAAACCUACAGACCCCUAAUGAAGAGCAGGGAACAAUUAGAGAUCGAAAAUAGCGAAGUUGUACAUCCUGAUUCGGAUCUUACAUAUGAAAAACUUUGUGAAGGCUUCUCACUAGUUGAUUCACAGAUCAAUACUGAUUCGCAAAUUGAAAGUAGAAAGCGAAAUUAUUCAAGCUUGAAUGGCCAACGUACCAUAGAAACUAGCAUCAGUGGGUGGGAAGUCGAAAGAUAUGCCAAAGUAGUAUACUCGUCUUAUUCUCCAAUAAUUUCUGGUAAUUCCAAAAUUCACUUUGUGAUUGAUAAGAAUGGCUUACAUGAGAAUAUCUAA